ACGCACCUCGCUGCACUGGGAGGUCGGGCUGGCGCGGGAGAGGCCGGAGGGCUCCCCGCUCCCACCCCCUUGUGCAGAGCCUGAGGGGACUGCGUUCUACUUUGGUGGGAAUAAGACUGAAUUGACGCCCUGCAUUCAGUCUGUGCUUUUCCUGGAGUUUCUUUUCUGAGGAGAAGGGCCGAGAAAGGGCCCUUCCAGGGCGCGGCGCUGGGUUGCCACAUUUGGGAGCGCCGCCUGGAGUUGGGCGCACAGCCUCCCGCCGCCCUGCCGUUGGGCUGGUGGAGGCCGCAGCGCUGUUAGGGUUCCAUCAGUUUUCCUGUUUGCACUAUUUCUUUUUGUAACCGUGGCCCCGUCUUAAGUAUUUCCAAUUGAGAAACGAAACCUCAGGAAACCGGAACUUAACCAGCCGCUCUCGCUUCUGUAACUACGCUUGCUGACCCCCCCUUGUAAUCAUCCAACCAAUCAGACGGCGACUAGUGUCUUUGUUUAAAGGUUAACCAAUCAGUACUCCCCACCCCUGGAAAGUCCCAAACUUGAUUGUACCUGUCUAUGAAAGAGCUGAACUAAACUCCAUCGGGACCUCUUAGCGCCACCGGCAACGAGUGCGCAGAGGUCCAGGUUCGAACCUGCAAUAAAUGACCCUUGCCGUUUGGCUUUGACUCUCGACUCUGGUGGUCUUGUGGAGGUGUCUCGCGACCGUGGGCAUUUCAUUUGGGGGCUUGUCCGGGAUGCCCCCGAGCCCACCAGACAUCAGGUCAACGGGUCAUCGCUGACAACCGAUCAGUAAGUAAGCCGGCUCAGGGUACCUUCUGUUUUGGGGACUAGGACAGUCCUGGCGGACGCGCUAUAGGACACCUAGUCGGGUGUGGUUGGAGACGUCCACCACGACCCAUCUGGGGCUGAUAGCCCAUCUGAAGCGCGCACGCGAUAACCUCCCCUUCCUCCUUUUACAGGCUCCACUAUUGGGACUGCUCUUAAUCACUUUUGUUUUCAGAGUAACCUUCUCUAACCAAUCUCUUCCAGGACCUAGACAUGGGCCAAGCACAGAGUACCCCCCUCUCCCUCCUUCUCGCUAAUUUCUGGGAUGUAAAGUCCCGAGGACACAACCUCAGUCUGGACAUCCGGAGAAGAAAACUAAUUACCUUCUGCCGCUCUGAAUGGCCAACUUUCGGGGUUGGCUGGCCCACCGAGGGUACCUUUUGUCUUCCUAUAAUCCUAAAAGUUAAAUCUAGAGUUUUCUUGCCAGGAAAAGAAGGCCAUCCAGACCAGAUCCCCUACAUCCUGGUAUGGCAGGACCUGACAGAAAACCCACCUCCCUGGAUGACCCCCUUUUUGUCAUCAGGGUCAUGUAAGAUCCUUGCGGCCCGACCAACUAAACCUCCCAAGCCUCAGACCCCAACUGCACCCAUACUCUCUGAUAGCCAAGACCUCCUUCUCCUAGACCCCCCCCAUAUCAACCUCCUCCUUUGGCCCCACAACCGGUCCCCCUUCCUGCUCCUGGCCCUGCUCCUCUCCCCUUGGUAGAACCUCCUGCGGCCCCUCCCGAGGGGCUACCCAGGUCAGAACCGGAGAACCGAGAGGCAGAAGCACUACCGGUCCUCCUGCCCAAUGAAAAUAACUCCCAUGGGCCGGCUGGACGCACCCGUGGACGCACUCAGCGCCACCCAGGGUUCCGCCAUCCGGAUUCCACCAUAGCCCUACCCCUGCGAGAAAUAGGCCCUCCCGAUGAGACAGGGAACCCCCGACUCCAGUAUUGGCCAUUCUCUACCAGUGACUUAUAUAAUUGGAAAACCCAGAAUGCCCGCUUCUCUGAUAAUCCUAAAGACUUGAUAGCUCUUCUAGAUAGCGUUAUGUUCACUCAUCAGCCCACCUGGGAUGACUGCCAACAGCUCCUCCGGAUCCUAUUCACUACCGAAGAACGAGAGCGAAUCCAGCUGGAGGCGAGAAAACUGGUUCCUGGAGAUGAUGGUCAACCCACCGCUAACCCUGACCUCAUCAAUGCAGCCUUUCCCUUAACUCGCCCCCCGCAGGAUGAAUGGGACUAUAACACCGGAGAAGGUAGGGGACGACUGCUCAUUUAUCGCCAGACUCUAAUGGCGGGUCUCCGGGCUGCCGCGCGCAAGCCCACUAAUUUGGCCAAGGUAUAUUCAAUUAUACAAGGUAAAACAGAAAGUCCCUCCUCUUACUUAGAAAGAUUAAUGGAAGCCUUUAGGCAGUAUACCCCUAUGGAUCCAGAGGCCCCCGAAAAUCAGGCUGCCAUUGUAAUGUCCUUCGUUAACCAGGCAGCCCCUGAUAUUAAAAAGAAACUCCAGAAAUUAGAAGAUCUGGAGGGCAAACAGAUACAGGAUCUACUCCGUAUUGCCCAGCGCGUCUUUAAUAACCGAGACGCCCCAGAGGAUAAACAACUUAAAGCCACUGAGAAAAUGACUAAGGUCCUGGCCGCCAUUGUUCAGAAAGAUCAAGAGGGCCACCAGCCACUCGACCUCCCAGGCGACCAUUGGACAGAGAUCAAUGUGCCUAUUGCAAGGAAAAAGGCCACUGGGCUCGGGAAUGCCCCAAGAAAAGGCAGCCGCGCCCCAACCAGAGGCAAUGGCAACCGAAGGCCACCCCAGUCCUGUUUACACAUGAUGCAGAGUAGGGGGGAUGGGGUUCGGACCCCCUCCCCGAACCCAGGGUAACCCUACAAGUGGAGGGGAAACCAGUCCAAUUCCUGGUGGAUACGGGGGCACAGCAUUCGGUCUUGGUUAAGCCCCACGGGAAAGUUUCUAACAAAUCCUCCUGGGUCCAGGGAGCUACAGGAGUCAAACAUUACCCCUGGACCACUCAGAGAACUGUGGACUUGGGCACGGGAAGGGUAACCCAUUCCUUUCUGGUCAUUCCCGAUAGCCCUUGCCCCUUACUGGGGAGAGACUUGCUCACUAAAAUGGGAGCACAAAUUCAUUUUCGGCCAGAGGGGCCAAUCGUAACAGACCCUCACGACCAACCCAUAUCUGUGCUCACCCUGAACUUGGAAGAUGAGUACUGACUUCACCAGGAACCACCCUCCCAAAAUCAAGAUAUAGAGUCAUGGCUUCAGCAGUUCCCCAAAGCGUGGGCAGAAACAGGUGGGAUGGGACUAGCCAAACAUCGCCCAGCCGUAUUCAUAGAGAUCAAACCAGGAGCAGAUCCUGCACGUGUCCGACAGUAUCCCAUGCCCCUAGAGGCCAAGACUGGUAUCACUCCUCAUAUUCGCCGGCUUCUUGACCUGGGGAUACUGCGUCCCUGCCAGUCGGCCUGGAAUACACCCCUGCUGCCAAUCCGCAAACCUAACAGUAAAGACUAUCGCCCAGUGCAGGACCUGAGAGAAGUUAACAGACGGGUCAUAGACAUCCAUCCUACUGUGCCCAAUCCAUAUACUCUUUUGAGCGCCCUUAGUCCAGGAAAACAAUGGUAUACUGUGCUGGACCUCAAAGAUGCCUUUUUUAGUUUACCCUUGGCGCCCAAAAGUCAAGAACUCUUUGCCUUCGAAUGGUCGGAUCCCGAGAGAGGCAUAAACGGACAACUCACCUGGACCAGACUUCCCCAAGGAUUCAAAAAUUCGCCCACCUUGUUUGAUGAGGCCCUACACGAGGAUCUCAGUGAGUACCGGAGACAAAACCCCAAUGUAACCCUCCUGCAGUAUGUUGAUGAUCUCUUAAUAGCUGCUGAGACCGCUGAAGCCUGCCUGCAGGGAACCAGAAACCUCCUACAGACUCUCGGCACCCUGGGAUACCGGGCCUCUGCCAAGAAAGCGCAGAUCUGCAGGCCUGAGGUAACUUACCUGGGGUACCUAUUGAAAGGGGGGCAACGAUGGCUCACAGAUGCACGGAAGGAAACCGUCCUCCGCAUCCCCAGACCCACCACGCCUCGACAGGUGAGGGAAUUUUUGGGGUCAGCGGGGUUCUGCCGUUUAUGGAUACCCAAAUUUGCUGAAAUGGCCAAACCGCUAUACUUAGCCACCAAAGAGCAGACGCCCUUUAAAUGGACAGAGGAGGCUGAGCAAUCAUUUCAGCAGAUCAAAACUGCCUUGCUAUCCGCACCCGCCCUGGGUCUCCCUGAUGUCUCCAAACCCUUCCACCUCUUUGUGGAUGAAAGCAAAGGCAUAGCUAAGGCCGUGUUGACCCAGCCCCUCGGUCCUUGGCCCAGGCCUGUCGCUUACCUAUCAAAUAAAUUGGACCCAGUGGCUGCCGGCUGGCCUCCUUGCCUCCGGAUGAUCGCCGCCACGGCCCUAAUGGUAAAGGAUGCUGACAAACUAACUAUGGGACAGGAGUUGCAUGUCACCACCCCCCACGCCAUCGACGGGGUUCUCAAACAGCCUCCCGACCGAUGGAUGAGCAAUGCUCGACUGGUCCACUACCAGGGUCUACUGUUAAAUCCCCUCAGAAUCAGCUACACUCCACCGCAGGCAUUAAACCCUGCCUCCCUAUUACUUGACCCAGAUUUGGACUCCCCACUCCAUGACUGCAGAGGUACUGGCCCAGAUCCAUGGGGUUCGGGAAGACCUACGUGACCAGCCCCUACCGGAUGCACAAGUCACAUGGUUCACUGACGGCAGCAGCUUUGUCCAGCAAGGUCAGAGGUAUGCGGGGGCAGCGGUAACAUCAGAAACUGAGGUGAUAUGGGCAGAGACUCUCCCCCCGGGGACCUCAGCCCAAAAAGCUGAAUUAAUUGCCCUGACCCAAGCUCUCAAGAUGAGCAAAGGCCAAAAAGCCACCAUAUAUACAGACAGCCGAUAUGCUUUUGCUACCGCACACAUACAUGGGGCAAUAUACCGAGAGCGGGGACUACUCACAGCAGAGGGCAAAGACAUCAAGAACAAAGAGGAAAUCCUGGCCUUGCUAGCGGCCAUAUGGGAACCCAAAAAGCUAGCCAUUGUACACUGCCCGGGGCAUCAAAAACCCACGAAUCCAGUCGCCCGAGGCAACAAUUUGGCAGACCAGACGGCUCGAAAGGCGGCACACACUCCAAUACCAUUACUUCCCCUGCAACUGCCGGAUCCAGGGCCCCGGGAAAUACCGCCCCAACCCGACUACUCGGAGGAUGACAUCAGAUGGAUGAGCAAGCUCCCUCUAACCCAGGUUAGAGACGGAUGGUGGCGGGACGCUAAGAACAAUAUCCUCCUUCCUGAGAAACUAGGAACCCUGGUCCUUGGACGGAUCCACCGUAAGCACCCACUUGGGCGCCCGACGGCUACAGGAUCUCAUCAGGCAGACUGGACUUAAAAAUGUCUCCGAGAAGACUGAACGACUGGUUGCUGACUGUGCAGUCUGCCAACUCCAUAAUGCCAGUACCCACCCGUCAACCACUGGCAUCCGGGAAAGAGGAAACCAGCCCGGAGCCUACUGGGAAGUGGACUUUACGGAGGUAAAGCCUGGCAGAUAUGGGUAUAAAUAUUUACUGGUGUUUAUAGAUACCUUUUCAGGUUGGACUGAGGCAUUCCCAACCAAGAAUGAGACUGCACAAAUAGUAGCUAAGAAACUACUAGAAGAGAUCCUGCCCAGGAAUGGCUUUCCAGUUAUGAUAGAGUCUGACGACGGGCCAGCCUUCGUUUAUAAGCCUUACAGCGGACACACGAGACAAUCUGGCCCAAACUAAAAGAGCUAUAUGCAACAGGACCCCCGCCUACUCCACACCAGCUCCGGCCAGGUGACUGGGUCCUUGUCAAACGCCAUCGACAAGAGACCCUAGAACCCA